AUAUAAAUGCCGCUUUCAUCAAUUGGUGAACUCGCCUAGGAACUCCGAUUUGCAGCAGGAUGAAAAACCCUAAGUCCGCCGCCGGUGGUAGGGGUUCUUCCCACAAGACCUCCGCCGCUAAUGCUGUCGGCGGCGCCGAUGGCCGGAAGUCCCAUUGGGAUUCAUCGAAAAAACCCCCCUCCGAUCGCAAUGCCCCUUCAGAUUCCACCCCUUUUAAGGAAGACAUUCCCGGGCCUUCCUCCGGGCCGAUGAAGCACCCCGCGGGAGCCACCCUUCCCGCCGCCAGUCUCCCACCGACGUUCCACCAUCAUACCUCUGCUUCCUCUCCACCUCCUCCUCCAUAUGGCUUCCACAACCUCGACCGGCGAACCAUCGUUCUCGCCGACGGCACUGUCCGCUCCUACUUCGCCCUUCCUCCUGAUUACCAGAUGGAUCCCCGCGGCGACAAGUUCUUCCAUCCCGGUAACCCGCAGGGAUUCGAUCCACACAUCCCCGGGCCUUAUGGCCCCGAAGGUUUCCGCGAGCCACCGCCACCGUUUCCCCGUGGAGGCGCUGACUACUGGUCUUCCCUUGGACUUGAGGGACCCGCGGGGUCGUCAUCGCUGAAGCGAAAGUACGGGGAAGAAGAAUUUGAUUGGCGUCGUCAGCAAGCGCCGCAGCGUGGAAGCUCUGCUGUGAAUUCGGGUUUUUCUUCAGGGCCGGUUGGUGAUGGCUUGGGCAGGACGGGUAGCCCUUCUCGAAAGGAGCAUGUCGAUGACAGGAGGCUGUCCAAGCAGGUAAAGUUGGGGGGUGAAGGUUAUGAUGAUUUGCCAGCUCGGAAGCCACGCGCCGAAAGUAACGACUCUCUCGUGGCUAGGGAUGUGGAUCCGAAGGCUUUGAAGGAAGCCUUUCUUAGGUUGUCCAAGAGCAUCAGCGAGAAUCCAACACAUAUGAAGAAUUAUUUAGAGGAUGGGAAGAAUGGGCCGUUGCAGUGCAUUGUUUGCGGCAGGGGUGGUAAAGAAUUUACAGAUGUCCAUGGACUUGUAAUGCAUUCUUACAACUCCCCAAAUCCUGAUUUGAGAAUCGAGCAUCUUGGGUUGCACAAAGCUUUGUGUGUUAUGUUGGGCUGGAACUAUGCGAAGACCCCAGAUAACUCCAAAGAGUAUCAAUCUUUAUCUGCUGAUGAGGCAAGAGGAAAUAGGGAAGAUCUUAUUUUAUGGCCACCAGCAGUAAUAAUACAUAACACAAGCACAGGGAAGAGAAAGGAUGGUCGUAUGGAGGGUUUGGGUAACAAAGAGAUGGAUGUCAAACUAAAAGAACUUGGCUUUGGUGGCGGUAAGGCAAAGUCUGUAUAUGGGAAGGAGGGACAUUCGGGUUUUACUGCAGUUAGAUUUCUAAAUUCUGAAGUUGGCUUAAGAGAGGCUGAGAAAUUGUCUGAAUAUUUUGAGAAAGAAAACCGUGGACGUAAAGGUUGGGCUCGUGUGCAAGCUUCUCUUUCUGGGAAUAAUGAUGAAAAAAACCCAGACUUAGUUAAGGUGGACAAGAAGACUGGUGAGAAGAGUAGGGUCUUUUAUGGGUAUCUGGCAACGGCCAUGGAUCUGGACAAGGUUGACUUUGAAAUGAGGAAAAAAGUGGUUAUCAAAAGCAGGAAGGAAUUAGAUUUUGACUGAUUUUAACACUUCAAAUGUACUACGCUCUUUAAGUUUAUCAUAAGCUGCAGAACUUAGCUUGGGUAUUAUUUGCCUUUUUCUCAUGGGAAGAAGGCAUUAUGUACUGAAGUUAAUUUAUCUUUGGUUGUUUUUAAGUUUCAAGCCAUUUUAGAAGUUUAUGGCUUGAGGGUUUGAAUGAUAUUUGAAAUUGAUAUUCUUGCUGAAUUUGUAUGCGAUAAAGAACCCUAUCACUUGUUCUGUGUAUCUAUUUCCAUGCAUUUGUUUUUCGAAAAA